CAUAUGUUUGACAUGUAAACAGUGUCGCAGUAGUAGUGAUAUGGCAUCUGUACUAUUUUAUACUCACACAAAAUACGAAUUCGUCUGAAUAAGUCUUUCCUACGAUUACGGCCUUUUACUUCUCGCUUCAGCACGCUUGACGUUCAAAGCACGUUUAUACGGCGUUGUUAACUUGCAAUCGUAACGAAAAACGUGCGGACGAUGGUGCAACAGUAGACCGGAUUGUAAUUAUAACCUCUCCGUCGCAUUCGUCGCUAACCGCAAUCCUUUUGUCGGUAUCGUCGGUGAACACGUGGUGGAACGCAUUCGUCAUGGGAAGCACGGACACCACGGCGAAGUUGCUGAACGACAGCCACGAGAUCGACGAAUACGGGGCUAACCUGAAAAUUCUACCCUGCAACAACCAGGUGAAAGAGUUGCAAACCAUUCUGCGGGAUAAGAAUACUACACGGAGUGAUUUCAAAUUCUACGCUGACCGUUUGAUCAGACUAGUCAUUGAAGAGAGUUUGAACCAAUUGCCUUUCACGAAAUGUGUGGUGACGACUCCAACCGGUGCCAAAUACAAAGGUUUAAAAUAUCAGAAGGGAAACUGUGGAGUAUCUAUAGUAAGAAGUGGAGAGGCUAUGGAACAGGGUUUAAGGGAUUGUUGUCGUAGUAUCAGAAUUGGUAAAAUAUUAGUAGAAAGUGAUAUGGACACGCACGAAGCUAGAGUAGUUUAUGCUAAAUUCCCAGACGAUAUAUCCGAGAGGAAGGUCUUAUUGAUGUAUCCAAUAAUGAGUACAGGAAAUACUGUCAUAAAGGCCAUAGCUGUGCUAAAAGAACAUAAUGUACUUGAAGAAAAUAUUAUUCUAUCAAAUUUGUUUUGUACGCCGAUUGCAGCCAAAUCUCUAGUCACUGCCUUUCCUAAGAUGAAGAUCUUAACGUCAGAGAUUCACACUGUUGCACCAAAUCAUUUUGGACAAAAAUACUUUGGCUGCACUCGUGUUGUAGUGGAGACGCCAAAUAUACAAGAGAAAGAUAAUUGAGGAUGUAGAAUUCGUUAGAUCUCAAUUGAACUGAUUAAAUAGCAAAUUUAAUUUAUCUAUAAUAUUGAAACUGAACGCUAUAACGUGUGUAGAUCAAUCAGUUUAUGCACUAUUUUUAACUUGAGAAAGGAUAAAGAAUAUUUUUAGAUAUUGUAUACCAAGAAGUAUAUUUUACGCGUAACUAGUUUUUAUAUCGCUUUUGAAAAAGAUCAAUAUAUACGCUGCUUCAGAUUUAUUAUAGAAUUAUAUCCAUGUAUUUGAAUAUUGUAUCUAUAUAUAUAUAUAUAUAUACUUACCUUUAAUAAUUGAAACGGAAUUGAUUGAUUCCGUUUCCCAAAAUACAUUAUUGUUACAUAUCAUAUAUUUAUUUCAUAUAAAAUGUGUUAGAAAUAAAUUUUAAGGAUAUAUGAACGGAAUUUUAAACUUGAAUCAUUGUAUUUAUUAGUAAAUUUUUGUAUGCAUGUAACAAUGAUCGCUGUUGAGCUGUAUAUAUAUGUGUAUAUAUAUAUAAUAUAUACACAUACACACACACACACACACACACAUAAUGUGUGUAUAA